UAUUUUCCUAUUUUUAUCCAAAUGGAAACUCCAACAAGCAGCGAGGUUUUAGCGAAUACCGGAGCAACCAAUUUCAGAAUACAGUCCUAGAUAUAAACCUUAGAGGUUUCUGACUGCUCUGAAGUCAUUGGAAUACGUUGUCACGUUUAAAGAUAACGAGUCACGAUAUUUCAUUCUGGAGAGAGCAGACGACACGUCAGGCAUGGCUGCUAAUAUGAAAGGAGGGGCGUGUUUUGACAGAGACUCAGUUAUGAAAGAUCUUCAGGAGAAAGGGUAUGCCGUGAUACCGGAUGUUUGCAGUGCGCAGGACUGUGACGUGUACAUAUCCGAGUACCGUGAUUGGCUGUCCCAGUUCGAGAAGGAGGAUGGGCCAUCUCACCUGCACUCAGUCGUUCAGGGAUAUGAUAUUGGUCAUUUCGAAAACACCUGGAACUGCCGCUUUAAAGCCAAACCAGUUUUUGCUAAAGUCUGGGAGACUGAGAAGCUCCUAACAAGCUUUGACGGUGUAGCCAUAUCUUUCCCACCGGAAACUGAAAAAUUCGGAAUUUAUGAUACCGGGAAAGCAUGGUUACACGUUGACCAACCGGCAAAAAGAAUUGGUCUCCAUGGUUACCAAGGCGCUCUGUAUUUGGAGGAGGCGACUGAAACUGACUUCUGCUUCAGGGUUUUGUCGGGAUCGCAUAAAUAUUUCAACGCUUUCUUUGAAGAAUUCGAAGACUCCGCCAGGAACGGCAACAGAGUCGAUUAUUAUAACUUAAAUGAAGACUACAAAUCUUGGUUCCGAGGAAAGGGCUGCGUUACCACAAAGGUUCCUGUUCCGAAAGGAGGGAUGGUCCUUUGGGAUUCUCGGACAGUGCAUGACAAUUGCAGACCGGAGAAAGGCCGCCCCAAUUCCGACAGAUGGCGCUUUGUGGUGUUCGUGUGCAUGACGCCGGCCAAGUGGGCUCGGGCCGAUGAUGUUCCCUCAAAACUCAUAGCUUACAAACAUAUGAUGAUGACAUCACAUUGGCCAUCUCAAGGAAUCAAUAUUUUUGACAAGUGCGAUCCUUUCAAUCAUCGUGAAAUUAAAUCUCCGAUCGGCGACAGUCUUCCGGAAGUUGCUACGACAAAGGAGGCGAAGUUGUUGUCUGGUGUGAUGGAGUACGACUUUGACGACGGUGAACCUAACGGGCCUUCUUGGGAACCUGUUUGGAAUGACAAUACCAGUUUCUAUUAGACAUGACCAAGGGCCGACAAAAAGAAAUUUGUUCCAGAAUUUACUGAAAAAACCCCAUAACAAUUACAAACAAAUUGUUCUCUGACCAUGCUGGACAUGUGCUCUGA